AUGGAAGAGUGUACCAUUGACGUCCCAAGGAACUGGCGCCGUUUUGCCAAAGGUGGUGUUCCCAAAGGUGGGUAUCGAGGGAAAGGCUCCUUCAAAUAUUGCAUUGAGGCCCGGUACAAUGCCAAACCAGUGGCAUUAUUGCAAUGCAUUCCUGAGCUUGGCAGCACUACUGAAUCCAACAGAAAUUUGCUGCUGAAAGAAUUUGAAAUCCUCAUCCAAGCAUCUGGUUUUGCAGAGAGUUUCAAUGAGCGGGCCAAGCUGGCUGGUGUGAGUAUACCAGGUUCAGGUCUUAAAUUCAAUAUCACAGAUGCAUUUGUGGGCACAACUAUAUUGCCUAUUCCUUCGGGAGGUCUACCUAUGGAAGAAAGCAUUGAAAAUGAUGACCGUAGUCUUUUGUAUAACACCUUCUUAGUUGUCCCGCUGCUUACAAUUUCGGGGUUAUACCAAGAGAAGAAAUUCUCUGGGAACUCCAUGAUUGGCUGCAAUGAUGAUGACUUUGCAGGGAAACUGAUAGAUGCAUUUGCACAUCAUGUCCUUGAGCAUACCAAAGGGGAAUAUAUGCUGGCAGAUCUUCAGGGUAAGGAUACUGUGACUUUUUUGAUAGACAUUUUGCUGACUGACUCUGGUGACUGGGACCGUGGCAUUGAAGAAAUCCAAAAGUUUUGUCAAAAACAUCAUUGCAAUGACAUUUGCACUCAGAUUCAACUCUGUGAUUUGUCAAAGUUAUGUUAG